UAAAACCGAGGCAGAAGAAGAUAUGAUUCAUUUCCGGCAUAAACAAGGACAUGUGUUAAAUAACUGCCCUUGUGAAUGUUAGUUUCUGUCGAUAACUCUAGCUGCCAUAAUGUGUGUCAGAGUCUUUUAAAUCACAGGACAGUUUAACUUAAACGUCUGCUGUUAGAAACGGACUUAGAGAAUGGCGGCCCCGGCCCAUGUCUCCAGAGUCCGCUCACUGUACAAGAGGAUUCUGGUCCUGCACCGGUUCCUGCCGAUAGACUUAAGAGCCCUCGGUGACCAGUAUGUGAAAGACGAGUUCAGAAGACAUAAAAAUGCAUCAGCCGCAGAGGUGACGAACUUCAUGACAGAGUGGGAGAACUACAAGAACACCUUACAGACUCAGGUACUGGAAUCAGUGGGGGACCAAUCCAGCUCAUUCAAGUUCGGGGCCAACCUGUCAGAUGGGAAACUCGGCGACUUCCAGAACGACCAGAUCGGCCAACUCUACGAACUCAUGCUCGAAUCCACCAAACCUAACAGACAGUUUAAUAUCCAGGAGGACUCCAAGUGAGCCAGUAGGUCACUUGUGCACAAAACAGAAAUAUACUCUGACAACGGAAAACGGAAGGUGCUAUCAUUAAUUCAGACCACUAAUAUAUUAUCUCUGAGUGCCUCAGAUGAAGAGUGGUACUCAAAGUCAGAGUAGAGGCUUUUAAGAAUAUGAGAUUGUAUUAAAGUGCUGUGUAAUAUCUGUAUUCCUGUUCUUGUCUAUUUUACUGUAUGUGACAAUAAAAGGAGGUUCCUCAUG